CCUCUGCUCGGCUGUAUGCGGGUUUAUUUGCUUCCAGAGUCUCAUGGUAGUGAAGAGGCAAGCCCUGAGAGCUUGAUUUCCACCUUCACAUGAAUUUUCCCCUUCGAUAGAACUCAAGUCGCUGUUUGGAUUUACCUUCUGAAAUAUCCAAGACAAAAAUAUAGAAAAACAAUCAUGUCAGAACAUAGCAGGAAUUCAGAUCAAGAAGAACUCUUUGACGGGGAGAUUGAUGAAGAUGAAAUCUUGGCCAACUUGUCCCCAGAAGAGCUCAAAGAACUACAAUCAGAAAUGGAAGUCAUGGCCCCUGACCCCAGGCUUCCCGUGGGAAUGAUUCAGAAGGAUCAGACUGACAAGCCACCAACAGGAAACUUUGACCAUAAAUCUCUUGUUGAUUAUAUGUAUUGGCAAAAGGCGUCCAGACGCAUGCUGGAAGACGAACGUGUUCCUGUCACCUUUGUGCCAUCCGAGGAAAAUACUGAAGAGGUACGUGAAAAAAUAGACAAAGGCAAUAAAAAUGUGUCCCAGUAUUUAAAAGAAAAGCUUAAUAAUGAAAUUGCUGCACUUAGAAGAAAAUCAAAGGACAGCAAUGAUGCUGAAGAAACAAAUGAUGAUGAUGAUGAAGAUGAUGGAGAUGAAGAAGAUGAGGGAGAAGACAACAGCACAGAGAGUGACGAGAAAACCAAAAGAGAAGAGGAAGGCGAAGUGAAGGAGCAAAUCACAAAUGGCGAGAACAGCUGCCAACAGGUGACUAAUAAAGCGUUUGAAGAACAGAAAGACAGACCCGAACCCCAAGAAAAAACUGAGAAAAAGAUAUCAAAAUUAGAUCCCAAGAAAUUAGCUCUAGAUACCAGUUUUUUGAAGGUAAGUGCAAGGCCUUCAGGAAACCAAACGGACCUGGAUGGGAGCUUGAGGCGAGUGAGACAAAAUGACCCUGACAUGAAGGAACUCAACCUGAACAACAUUGAAAACAUCCCCAGGGAAAUGUUACUGGACUUUGUCAACGCGAUGAAGAAAAACAAACACAUCAAAACCUUCAGCUUAGCGAACGUGGGUGCGGAUGAGAGCGUAGCAUUCGCCUUGGCCAACAUGUUGCGUGAAAAUAGGAGCAUUACCACUCUCAACAUUGAGUCCAAUUUCAUCACAGGCAAGGGCAUCGUGGCCAUCAUGCGGUGUCUCCAGUUCAAUGAGACACUAACCGAACUUCGGUUUCACAAUCAAAGGCACAUGUUGGGCCACCAUGCUGAAAUGGAAAUAUCCAGGCUCUUGAAGGCAAAUAACACUCUCUUGAAGAUGGGCUACCAUUUUGAGCUUCCAGGUCCCAGAAUGGUGGUAACCAAUCUGCUCACCAGGAAUCAGGAUAAACAAAGGCAGAAAAGACAAGAAGAGCAAAAACAGCAGCAACUCAAAGAGCAGAGGAGGUUAAUAGCCAUGUUGGAGAAAGGGCUGGGGCUGCCACCUGGGAUGUGGGAGAGGCUGGGAGGACCAAUGCCCGACUCUCGGAUGCAGGAGUUCCUCCAGCCUCCUCCUCCUCCUCCUCCUCGACCUCCCAACCCCCAAGCGGUCCCCUUCAGUCGGCGAAAUGAAGUGGCGAAAAAGCCAUCGCAGGCUCCGCAGUACAGGACGGACCCCGACUCCUUCCGAAUGGUGAAGCUGAAGAGGAUCCAGCGCAAAUCCCGGAUGCCAGAAGCCAGAGAACCACCCGAGAAAACCAACCUCAAAGACGUGAUCAAAACGCUCAAACCGGUGCCGAGAAACAGGCCACCCCCGUUGGUGGAAAUCACCCCCAGAGAUCAGCUCUUGAACGACAUUCGUCACAGCAACGUCGCCUACCUGAAACCUGUGCCACUGCCAAAAGAACUGGCAUGAGAGGCAACAGAAUAAUCUCGAAGAACAAGGAAGUGAUUUAAUUAAAUGACUCUCGGACUAGAGCCUGGAGACUAUCUGAGCAGCAUACUUCUGGAUCCAGGUGGUGGAACUGGGAACAAUGCUAACAUCUGACAGGAGUAUUUUGUAAAAGGCAGAGUGCUUGGCCCCUGACAAAAUAGGGGCUGAAAAUGCAGGGGGAAGGAGAAAAACAUACCAGUCUUCAGGGCAACAUUUUCUACUUCCCAUCAGUUUGAGUGACUUAGGUGAACUUGAGGGUCUUCCAGUAGAAGGUAAAAAAAUAAUUUUUUUUUCUUCAUCAACAUUGGCUUUACUAUUACUUUCUUCUGAUAAAUAACAAUAAAUACUAUAGAAGUGUUAACUAUUGUAUUCCCAUGUUUUCUCCUUCCAUCUACUCUGCUGUAAUUGAUCACACAGGAUCUUAAAGGGAGCAAAACAUGUGUCACUGUGUAAAUGUGAAGGGUGAUUUGAACUCCAGGCCCUUCGGAUGCUUUGAAAUGGAAAAAUGGUUCAUUAACUCUUCUCUGGAGAAUCAGUUGCAAUUUCCAGUUUCCAGCCAGGCCGAGCUUUCUGUUUUGGCCAUUCCCCUGCUGUGUCGGGAAAUACAUUUCUGAUAGCGGUAACUGUGAAGAGCAGGACACUUAAGUCACAGGAUGUGGCGAAAACAGUGUUUCCAGAAAAAGCAAGGGGGAAAACAAACCCUGCAGAUACAUGAAAGCAUCCCUGUUUCCAUACAUACAGAGACAAUGGGUGAUAGCAUGCUAGUUUUGUUGAAAAAAAAAACCAACCAAAAUUUAUGAGUAAUGUAUUUAUUGAGAAGCUUUUGCUUUUAGCUGAGUACAUCUAUUUUUUAAAAGUUUAAUCUGUAAUGAUCGUGAUCUUAUUCUUCUCAAAAAAUCUUCUAAAGGAAACUUGCUAUAGGAUUAAAUCUAAGUUCCUUAUCCUAUCAUUGAAGGCCCUCCAUUGCCUGGUCUCCAUUUAGUAACUCAGUCUUAUUUGCCGUGAAUUCUCUGUACUAUUUUUAAUAAAACAUCCUCAUGCUUUUGCUCUCAUUAACUCUCCUAGAGAAUGCCCUGAGAGACUCCACCGAAGUCUUCCAGACAACUCCAGCCCCGGUGUCCUUUCUACCUUCCGAGUUCCCAGGGCCUUUAAUUACCCGAGCUAGUCACUGGGUGCAGAGAAUCUGAAAUUUUGUACAGAAGUGGCAUGAGCCCUAGAAGUCAGGAAAUCACACUUUGUUGCCUUUUCCUUCUUCCAUACCUGAGCAAAUAAUUGGCACCUACCUGCCUUCCUUCUUUUAUAUAAUCAAAGGUGGUACAUCACAGGCAAAGCAGGCUAGGAGAGAAUGGAUUUAAUGGGGACAAACUUAAUAACGUUAUUUGGAAGGGCAGGCCAUGGGGAAGAAGUAUGGUGCUUCUAUUUUUUAAAGAUAAUUCAGUGGGUACAAAAGUAUCCAAAUUUAAAUAGUUAAUAGUCUUCAAUCAAGUAAGUAAUUUUAGAUAGCCAGAGACUGAGUUUGGUGUUCCCCUACGUGACUACUUCUAUAAAACAUCCUUGGAUACAAAGCCAGUUUUAAAAGGGCUGCGAUAAAUAAAAUGUCUUAAGUAUCUGUCAUAUUCUACAUUUCUGAGCCUGAAUUCUGAUGGGACAAAGGACUCGAAACGUGUUUAAAAGCUUACUGUAUAUUAGUACUUGAAGUUCUAGAAAACCCUAUGCAUUUGCUUACUCAGCAAAGUACUGAUAGAUAAGUCAGGAAUUUCAAAAAGCAUUAAUAGUCCUCAAAGAAGACUUUAAUCUUAGAUGUGCAAAAGAAAAGAUGAUUCAGGUUCAUAUUUACCACCUCAAAACACAGGUUUUGUCAAGUGACAAGUGAAGUCACUCACAUUAUGCUUUUCUAUUCAUCCACUCCCAGCCUAAAAAUCUUAGUUGAAAAUUUUACCUUGUUUUUAAAAUGAAAUCAUUUAUAGCAUUUCCAUGCUAGAUUUUCUAUUAUAAUCCUUCCAGAAUUGACCCUGAGCCAUUAGUAAUUAUAAUGAGUAUAUAUUUUUAAUGUGCCUUGUCACUUUCUCCAAUUUAUUGCGGUUAGUCUGCAGAAUUCACCACGUAGAAAAUGAGUCUAAAAUAUGUAUAAACCCUUGUCAGGUUUAAAAAAAGGAUCCCAUUAGAAUUCAAUUUUAUUCUGGCUGGAAAUUAAUAAAGUAAGAACGUUUUAUCAAACAGUAUUUGAAACACAAGCCGAGUGUUUCGGGCUGCACAGAACAUCCUUAUUGUUUAUAAGGUUGUCACUGAGUUUCUCAGACAUUUAAUAGAGACGUACAGUAAAUAAAGUCUCACCCCUCAAAAAAAACUUUGAUAAAUUUUAUUCUUCAUAUGUGGGGAAGGGUACAUGUUCUAGACCAUGUGAUGUCACUGUGCUAGAGAUGAACGCUGCAGGUUGGCUGAGAAAUGAAAAUGCAA